UCAACCCCCAAGGAAUUGCCCCCCUUGUGCUCCUGCACAGCGGCUCCGCGCAGGUCCCGUUGCACCCGCCAGCUGUCAAUCAUCCGCCCUCCCGAGGCGACCACCGCCGGAGGCGGAGGCUGGGUCCCUGGCAACCGCCGCCGGGGGAAGGGCCAGGUCCCUGGCAACGGUGCGGUCACGUGCGCGGACCUCGGCGGCUGCGCGCGCCAGGGCUGGAGCCAAGAUGGAGCUUUCGGCGGUGGGCGAGCGAGUGUUCGCGGCGGAAUCGAUCAUCAAGCGGCGGGUGCGGAAGGGCCGCAUCGAGUAUCUGGUGAAAUGGAAAGGAUGGGCUAUCAAGUACAGUACUUGGGAGCCAGAGGAGAAUAUCUUGGAUGCCCGUUUAAUCGCGGCGUUCGAGCAAAGGGAGAGGGAGCGGGAAUUGUACGGACCGAAGAAACGAGGCCCCAAGCCCAAAACCUUCUUGUUGAAAGCCCGCGCACAAGCUGAAGCCUUGCGGAUUGGGGAGAUGCACUUUUCCAUGAAGCCGGGUCCCGGCGGAUCAGCCAAGAUUCCCGGCAGCCUGGCAGCCUACAAGCUGAAGAAGAACAUCCGCCGCUGCUACCGGACGUCCAAGCGGGGCCUGGCUCGGGCCGAGCCUCAGCCGGGACUGAGCGGGCAGGCCCGGCCCCCGCUCCCGCUGCCCGAGAGCGUGCGGAUCAUCAACCGGAAGGCCGAGCCGCGCAAACGGAAGCGGAGCCGCAUCAUCCUCAACCUUAAGGUCAUCGACAAGGGCAGCAAGGCGCUGGGCAAGGCCAAGAUCCCCUCGCGCAACCGGGUCAUCGGCAAGAGCAAGAAGUUCAGCGAGAGCAUCCUCCGCACCCAGAUCCGCCACCUCAAGUUCAACAACUUCUCCGUCUACGACAAGUCCUUCCACACGCUGCCCGGUGACGGGCGGAGGGCCGAGGGCGACCCCGGCACCUCCCGCUCCGAGCCGCCGCCCCCCUCUGCCCCCCGUUACCCUGGCGACCUGGCCCCCCAGGCGGGCAGUGAGUGGCCGGGCCCGGGAGGUGAGAGGGGCGGCGGGGCCAAGCCACCCGGCGAGUCCCCCAGCCCGGCCGUGCCCGACUGGAGGGAGGCCGAGGCCCUGGACCUCUCGCUGCCCCCUGAGUCAGCUGCCGCUGCCCGCCGCCCUCCCCCCGGCGCCCAGGCUCAGGCCCCCGGCUCCGACACCGAGCCUGAGUUGUCGGACUGGCGGCCCGAGAUGUCGCCCUGCUCCAACGUGGUGGUGACGGACGUGACCACCAACCUGCUCACCGUCACCAUCAAGGAGUUCUGCAAUGCCGACAACUUCGUCAAAGCUCCUGCUGUAAAUAAGUAAACCUUCCCCACCCCCACACCCACCCAGCUCUGCCACCAUCCCGGGAAUCCCCGGCGCUGCCCCCGACAGCCCAGUGCUCCUGCCUCCUACCGUCCUUCCAAAUCUCUGGGCAACAGGUCUUCUUCCCCGGAAACAUGGACCUAUUUCAUUCCUUCACUUCUUGUACUUGUCCCUUUGCUCUCAUUUUCUGUCUCUGCCUCUCUCUUUCCCGUCCUUCCUAUUCUAUUCCACUCCUCUCUCUCUGUCUCUCUCUGUCUCUCUCUCCUUUCAUCCUUUUCUCCCUCCCUCUUUUUCCCAUCCUCCAUCCCCCUGUCACCAGUCCACCUUUCCCUCCCAUCCGUCCAUAACUUGGGACCCCACCCUCUGUCCCUCGCGCCUCCCAUUUGUCUUUUACGUCUCCCCCCGCCCCCACUACCUAUUUCUCGACUCCUUUUGUGUGUCUUGUGACCUCCCCAGUUGCCCCUCUGUGCCCCAUCUCCUUUUCCCUCCCCUUCCAUUCCCCCCUCGUGUCUCUGUCCAUCCUCACUGCCCCCUUUUUCCGACUUCACCAGCAGGCAGCAGUGCUGGAGAUUGGCCCGUUCCCUCGACGCUCUCUCCUAUGAGUUCCCACCUGCACUCACACCACUGGUUCUUUCCACACCUCUUAAUGUUAGGAGUCUGGACUCUGCCAUUGCUGAAACUGGGAAGCAGUGACGGGAAUUCCCGGGAACGCUGAACUGCCAUUUCAGCCUUGCCUGUUUUGACAACUUUGUGAGGCCUCUUUCAUUUUUGCCACCGUUUAUUAGUAAUAUUAAGCGUACAACAGCCACUUUAAGAGAUGGGACAAACCCACAUUCCAUCUCUGUGCACCAGUACCAUGAGCUGGCUAAACAUCUUUCCAAAGCCUAUUUUUAAAAAAAAAUGGCCAUGGUUUUUAAAAACAAAAUUAUUUGGUGCAAAUACUUUUAUCGUAAGGAAAAGCAGAAGGCACUAGUUAGAACUCCUUUAGCACAGGGGGUUACAAUUGAUUCUGACAGGGCUUGGAAAGAGAUCAGUGUGGAAUUGUGGAUUGGGAAGGAGUUUUGGGAAGGAGGAAGACUGGAGAGAGAGAGAGAGUGUGUGUGUGUACAUCAUUGGUGUGGGCUGGCAGGGCUUUGGGGCAGUUGCUGGAUUAAGAGUGGGGGGUGGGUGAUGGUGUCAUCGCCUCCCUCUCCUCUCCCCCCACCCUGCCAAGGUGAUUGAUGCAUCACCAGCUGUUGUCACCAGCGCUUCUUUGUGGGAGAUUAUCUACUGUGGGGAUCUGGGGUUUGAAACAGUGAAAUGCCUUUUAAACUUUCCUGUCUUUUCACAAACUUUCCUGGAAUUUGGAAGCUUGAGGAGAAACCUGGUGGUGUGAAGCUGCGCGACGCCUUCGUGUAUUUGAACCUCACUCCAUCCUGCAGGGGCCCAGGGGUGGUGGUCGACAUUGUCACAGGGUUCCUGAAGGUUCUGUUGUCUCGGGACUGCUGUGGCAUCUGGUUUGCAGUGUCUCCGGGCACCCACUCCGUGAUUGGGCGUUUAUAGUUACUGUGGCUGGGUGUUUGGGGCCCGUGCUGUGGAAGUCAGGCCCGGGGAGCGAGGCUGUCUGCCAGCCGCUGCUUAAUUUCUGGGUGCCAGUUAAAGGCAGAAGCAAGAUGGAGGUUGGUAGUGGGGCUCAAGAGGGAGGCACAUCCUGUGUAAUGUUAUGGAAUUACGAUGUAAAAGGAAUCCGUGGCCCAUUGAGCCUGUUCCAGUAAAGCAAACCCAUUAGGACCAUUUGCCCCUUUUCCCAGAACUUCAACAUUUCCUUUCUGGCACUGAUUUUGUUUCCUCAUUGAAUUCCAGAUCAAAACUACAUAAUGUUCGUUAAGCAGAAGCCCCCAUUGUUCCCCUUUGAUGUCUGGAAUUGUUGUUCCUCUCGGUCUCAUAAGCAUCUGUGAAUGUCCUCCCACCCCAGGGCAGUCAUUGCAGCUUCUCCAGUCUGAAAUUCUACCUGGGAAGGAGGCACCAAGUGAAGUGAUGCCCAGUUUCCUGCACUUGUUCAUUCCUUUAUCAAACUGGUCCAGCAACUUGUUGGACAGGACUAUUGAAGUGAUGAUCCUUGCUCUGGCUCUGCUUGUGGAAUGGUUGGCGUGCUGAGCAGCGAUCUGUCUCCUGUGGAUGCUUUGAGGGGUGGUUGUUGUACAGCGGGGUUUUAUCGGUGGGUUUGUAUGCUGCUGAGUGUGGUGUGCUAGUGAGGCAUUCUUCCUCCAGGGAUAUUUAUACGGCUCAAGGAAACCUGCUGGCUGCUUCUGGAGAUGUAUUGGAUGUAUCUGGAGCAAAAACAAAAUUACUAGAGGAGCUCAUCAGGUCGAGUAGCAUCUGUGGAGGGGAAAAGAAUUGUUGACGUUUCGGCUCAAGUGUCUUGACCUUAAACGUCAAUGAUUCAUUUAUUCAUCCCCCCCCCCCCCACAGAUGCCGCUUGACCUGCUGAGUUCCUCCAGCAGUUAGUUUUUUGCUCAACUUGCCCACAAGACCAUGAAGAAGGUGGUCUGGGAGUGGAAUUGUCUCUCGUAUCCCUGGGAGCAGACUGCCAAGGGUUGUGGGACCUGUUGGUGGUGUCAAAGUUGGACUCAGUGUUGCUCUUUUUAUUUGGAGGGCACUAAAGUCAUUGACAGACUUCAAGAUGUAUUGGAGAAUGUAUUUAACUGGCUGGCACAGAUGUAGGGGGUGAUUGCCUGCUCCGUGCUCUGUGAUUCAGUAGUUGGCUGGGGGUAUUACUGACAACAAUGCAAAUAGAGUAGAAGAACCUGACCUGAGUUGAGCGAAGGAAUUAUUGGGAUGCCCAGCUCCCUGUUCUCCUGUGCAGAGUUCGAUUGCUUGGGAUGUGAAUGGGAAACCCAGCUUUUUGUAAUCAAGAUUGAAUUGAUUUCCAGUACACUAAAUGGGUCUUCCGUUUGUAAAUGGGGGUGGGAGACUAGCUGGAUUAUUCCAUCUUGCCCACACCUGGGGUGCCUGAUUUGACUGGACUCUUUGUACCCUGUGCAAACCUUCAACUUCCCUGGGAUUGGUGGAGUGUUACGUUGAGCUCUGGCUCACUCCCCUAAGGAGGGGAAGCUUUCUUCUGAUUGGUUGGCCUGAGAGAGAUGUGAUAGUGUUCUUUUUGGUGAUUGGCGGCCAAUGGUUUGCUGAGAUUCUAAAUCAUCUUGUCUAAUGUGACCUUCGAAUAUCCACUAUGAAUGAGUGAGAGAGUGUGUGUGUGUGUUUACAUGACUGGGUCUAAUCCAGCUCCCAGUGAGGCUGAAGCAAUGAUACACAGAUGUCCGUACAUUGGAAUUGAGCCAAGAAGAGGUUGAAAAGGGCAUGAGAAAUGCUGUGAUGCUGUGGAUACUCAGCAGGUCAGGCAGCAUCUGUGGAGUGGGAAGCAGCAACAUUUCAGAACUGAACCAUUAGCUCUUGUUUUCUCUCUGCAUGGAUGCUGCUUGUCCUGCUGUGUGUCGUCACCACUUUCUGCUUUUAAUAGUUUUUAUUAUUACUGUGAGGAAUUCUGUGUUGCACGAGUCGUAUGGAUCAGUGGAAUCUAACUGUUGCCCCGUCCGUCUCCAUGAAGUGCACUCCUUCUCCAAGGACUCCAGUUACCUGGUUGAGCCCAAAUACAGCAACAAUCGUGCUGCUGUUGUUGCUGCGAUUUUGGAAAUUUUGACAUUCCCCUUCCUUUCCCACCCUGUAAAUCUAUUGGUGUAAAAAUUGCCAAAUUUGACAGGUUGACCAGGUUUUUUUAGUCUGUGAGUAUGAAAAGAUGCAGUUGGGUAGGGCAGCAUUUUUUAGUAAGUUGUUGGUGUGAAUAGUUCAUUUUUGCAACAGAUAUAUAAAAAAUAUAUAUAUAUAUAUAUAUCGUGGCAUGUUUGGUGAGAGAGAGUUAAUAGGUUUUGUUUCUGGCUUGUGUGUCUAAGGCGGUUUUGGACGCCGAGAAUCUUUUUAUUGAACUGUUGGGAAAGUGGAGUGUUGCCUGUGGUGUUUUGCUUCAGUUCCCUGUCUCCAGGAGUGUUGUUGAGUUUAGUGAGAGCGUCGACACCACUGCUGGAUGCAGCCACAUCCUGAACCCCUUGCAGCAGCCUGUCAAAAUGAAAUUUAUGACCUGCUGCCCGUGCGUGUGUCGCUAACUGGAUUCGACAUCUUGAAGCAGCGGGUUGUCUGAAAUUGGAAUUCCGUAUGUAACAAAACUCUGUAUGUAAACACUAAUUAAACAUACCAUCAGGCAGUAUCCACAAUAAUAAUUAUAUAAAGAGCGUCAGAGACUUACUGUCUAAUAGCUGGUUAUAAAUACCAUCAGGUGGUAUCUAUAAUCAUCUGUUCAAAGCACAUUGGCCCUAUUUAUGACUGUAACAUUUGCUGAUUAUAAAAGUUCCAUUGGGCAGUAUCUUGUCCACAAUAAUCACAUGUUGUAAAGAUGUGAUUAUGUAACAGAACUGUCUCUGUGCCAGUGUACAUCAGACCCGUCUUUGAGAUGGAGGUGUGUGCUUACUUGUAAUUGUCAAGGGAAGUGCCUAUGGCCCACCUUGAGAGAGUAGGGAGGUACUGCUGUUUUUUCUGGUGAAGGAAUUCUUAUGGUGCAGUUGGCAGGGAGUUACAGUAAUGGUGGAAGAACAGUGAUGUAUUUCCAAAUUGGGAGGGUGCAUAGCUUGGAGGGAAGCCUGAAGGCGGUGGUGUGUGCCUUGGCAAGCUAUCCUUGUACCCCAUGGUAGGGCAUUUUGCAGAAGGUACACAUGGCAAAGAUUCUGGUGGUGGUAGGGAAUGUUUAAUGGAGUGCAUGGGGUGCCGGUCAAGCAGGCUGCUUUGUCCUGGGUGGUGUUGAGUUCCCUUGAAAGUUGGAGCUGCAUUUGCCCAGGCAACUGGGGAGUGUUCCGUGACAGUACUGAUGUACGUUGCAGGUGGUGGAAGGGUUUGAGUCGACAGGAGGUGAGUCAGCCGGCCUCUGACCUGUUUUCAUAGCCACAGGCUGGUGGAGUUGAGCCUCUGGUCACUGGUGGCUCUCGGGGGUGGGGGGGAUAAACUCAGCGACGGUAAUCCCGUUGAAAGUCAAGGGUGGAAUGGUUAGACUCUCGUCAGAGCUGGUCAUCGCCUGGCACAUUAAUGGCACGAACAUUACGCACGACUCAUCAACACUAGACUUGAAUGUUGUCCAGGUCUCGCUGCAUGCUGACAUGGGCUGCUUCAUUUGCUGAGGAGUUGUGAAUGGCAUUGAACACUGUGAUCAUCAAUGGCCAUCCCCACUUGUAAUGGAAGGAAGGUCAUUGAUGAAGCAGCUGAAGCUGGUUGGGUCUAGGAUCCUGUCCCAAGGAACUCCUUGCAUUAAUGUCCUUUGUGACUCCAGCCAGUGGAGUAUUUUCCCCUUCAGAGUCCAGGGUUUACCAGGGUUCCUUUGAGGCCACAUGCAGUCCAAUGCUGAGGCAGUCAUUUGUCUCUGGAACUUAGCAGUUUGUCCAUGUUCGGACCGAGACUGUGAUGAUGUUUGAUGUUGAGUGGUCUAGGCACAACCCAUACUGGGUAUUAGUAAGCAGGUGAAUAAGUGCUAAUGGAGUGUAUUCCUGUCCCAUCACUUCUUACCAUUUCCCACCUUGGAAAGGUGGAAACUGUGUGAAUUUUCCUUAUUGACUGCAGUUGAAUUUGAGCUGCAGUAGAUCUCAGACUUGCCUCAGUGUUGGGAUCUUGAGCUGAAGAUUGCGGCUCCAAGCUUCAAUCUGCCUAAUCUAGUUGGACACUGCGGUGCAGUACUGACAGGACUGCACCGUGAAAGGUGCCCUCUUUCUGGAGGGACCAUAAAUUUAGGCUCUUUCCUCUCAGGUGGGUGUAAAAGAAAAAUCCCAUGGUGCUAUUUUGAAGAAGAGAUAAUCAAAAAAAAUAUCAUUUGUUCAUUAUCACCUUGCUGUUUGUGGGAUCUUCCUGUGUGCAACUUGGCUGCCACAUUCCCUACAGUUAGAAUCGUGUCUACAAUGCGAAAGCACUUCAGUGGCUGUAAAGACCCUGGAAUAUCGUGAUAGGGAUGAAUUUUGAAGGGCUGUACCUUUAUGAGAAGGGGCCAUCAUUGGUUAGGUCACCAUUUAUUGCCUGUCCCUAAUUGCCCUUGAGAAGGUUGUGAUGAGUGGCUGCGGUCUGCAUGGUGAGGAUAAUCCCAAAGAUCUCGAGCACAGGAAGCUCCAGAACUUGGUCUCUGUGAUGAUGAAGGAACAGUGAUUUAUUUCCAAGGCGGGAUGGUGUGCAACUCAAAGGGGAGCCUGUGGUUGAUGCUCCCAGGAAUAUGAGUGAGAGAAGUCCAUUCAGCCUCUGAAACCGAUGUCAUCGUUGGUAGUGUUCUGACUGAUUCAGUGAAGUUGUAUGGUAAUGCUUGGACAAGGAGGCGAUGGAUUAGAUGGAAGCCACCACUGGUGGUCCCAUCUUGUUAGAUGAACAAGUGGGGCAGUGCACUGAGCUGCUGGCCAUUUUCUGGAUGGAUCUGGUGGUAUUAGGCCAUUUGUAUUUGUGUGUGUGUCUAUGUGAAGUGGUUUAGCCUAGUCCUAAUGUUACCCUUCCUGGGUAGAGAACAGGUCGCUGUAUCUUGGGGUUUCUUGGAACUAGAUUUUUGGGUUUAAGGCAUCAUUGAGGGCUGAGUGUACAAAGGUUUAGCUACAGCUGCGUGUUUCUUUCGAAAACCUGUCACUGAAAAGUUAGGAAAUAAAUGAGCUUUUUGGUUUCCAAUGCAGGUGUCUGUGACCCUCGCUGAUGGUUGCAGUAAUUCUUCCCAUUGACUUGGUUUAAGAGUGGUUUGUACUUCAGAAGGACUGCCACUCUUUCCACUGGGGUUAGAAGGUUGUAGGUUCAAGCCCCACUCAGAAUUUUGAUUGUAACCAGUUGGUGAAUCCCAAGGGGGUUACCAUUGAGACUUUUAAAUUGAGGUCACAACAGAGGUGGACAAAAAAUUCCUGUGGUUAUUAUAGGAAGAAUAGCAGUUUAUCCCAUUGGCUGGACUCAACAGUUUUUAAAAACUCAUUUUGUUUGUGAUACCUUUGUGAUGCACAAGCUGGCUAUAACACUAAUCCAAGUAACUAGUGGAGGUAUCAGCUGCUAUUGAUGGAGAGGUUGUGUUUGUGUGUUGCUCUGGUCACUGUCCUUGUAGGCACUAAGUGUUGCUGUGAUUGUUAAUUGAUUUUAAGCACUUAUGCAUUAACCUGGUAGGAGUGUGUGGCUGUAGUUUAAUUGGUGGAAAGCUGAGCUUGAGUAGCCGUAGGAGAGAAGGGGAGUCAUCUUGGUCCCUGCUUCCUCAGCUAUUCCAUGCAAGGGCUCUCUACUUGAAGCGGAAUUGAGAUGUCCAGGUGACUGUGUUAGUUAUUGGGUGAGCUCUGGUGUUGAACACUGCUCUGUGCCUAGUGACUAAUCCUGGGUUUACAGGGCCUGUAGUUAGGGAGUGAAGGUGGUGACAGUUCUCACUGAUCGCUCUUGUGUUUAAUGUAAGACCGUAAGAUAUAGGAGUGGAAUUAGGCCAUUUGGCCCAUUGAAUCUGCUGCGCCAUUCAAUCAUGGCUGAUUUUUUUUUCGAUCCCAUUCUCCUGCAUAACCCCCUUGCCAAUCAAGAACCUAUCAAUCUCUGCCUUAAAUACACCCAACGUCCUGGCCUCCACAGCCCUCCGUGGCAAUGAAUUCCACAGAUUCCCUACCCUGUAGGGUUGACCGUGGCCCGGGAGCUUUCCGCAUCCGGGGAGUCGUGUGACAGCCCCAGGGUCGGGGGUUGAUGACCAAUUGGGUAAUGCCCCAAGGCGUGGGGUUGAACAUCAUUGACGCCUCAACCCUUCCCCCUCCAAGGUGGGGUAGAGGUGGUGUUAGCACUCUGACUGAACCCUGAGUUGUGGCGCAGUACAGGCCUGGAAGUUCACUAUCCCGGGGCUGGGAAUUUAAUAGUCCAGAUAAGAAAUGUCUUCACUUGCAAGGGUGGUGAAAUCUCUCGCAUUACCUGCAUCAGGGGGGGAUGUGGAGGCUCAGUCCUUACAUUCAGAACAGUGAUGGAUAGACUUCUGGAUAUGAAAGGAAUCGAGGGAUGUGGGACAUUGCGGGGAAAGUGACGCUGAGGCAGGCCAUGACUCGAGGUGAAGGCACCAACUGACCCAGGCAGUUCUUCUCAGGGACCGCUGGAGUCGCCGAGCAUUGCAAACCCGUCCCCCGCUCUCCGCGUUCCCCUUUCACUGUCCAGGACCUCAGCCGGGUGCUCCUCUCUGCCCUCUACUGACUGGACGAGGUGCCAACAGCCAGGCUUGUUCUGGAGGCUCUGUUGUAAAUUGAAGCACUUUGAUUAAAUUGUUAAAAGUAGCCUGCACUAUAUUUUCAGGUGAUUUCAUAUAUUAUGGUCUCUCCCAAUACCUGGAAAGGCUUUGUGCUUUAAGCAGUUUUUGUAGAUUUUUAUGUUACACACCUUUUUAAAAGAUUAGUUAUCUAUUUAAAUUGCUGCUUUUGUUGAAAUGACGCUAACUUUUUUGUUUUUUUUUCCGCGAGUGGCCCGCGUCUCUCGAUCGGUCCUGGCGCGGUGGGUGACUCUCUUGCCGCUGAGUCAACGAGGUGUGGGUUCGAGUCCCGCUCCAGAGGCUUGAGCACGGAAUUAUAGACUGACAUUCUGUUGUGCCGUGGGAGUGCUGCGCUGUCGGAGGCGCCGUCUUUGGUGGUUGGGGGUGGGGGGUGGGGGGGGAGACGUUAAACUGAGGCCCCGUCUGCCCUUUUGGGCCGACGUUAAAAAUCCAUUGCAUUAUUCCGAAAAUCACCAGGGGUUCCCGGUGCCCUGGUCCAACAUUAUCCCAAGACCAAUAUCACUAAAAGCAGUGGAUCUGAGCAUUGCUCCUGGGAAUUUCUGCAAUUGAACUGCAGGACAGUCUACAUUAAAAUAGUGGCUGCAACUCGGAAGUUUUCUUUUGGAGCCUUUCUGAUGUUGAAUGUUAAAAUUUCUCCAGAGGAGGGCGUCCAUCCUGUGUGGGCAGGUGCAGUGUGGAAUUGGGCGAUGUCUGGUUUUUGUCUCACCGGGAUACGAUCUGUGUCCUGGCCCUGGCGAACGGAGUGUGUAACCCUUGCUCCAAGUCACUGCUAGAACAUAGAAGUCCCAGAAGCUGCGGGAAAAGGGCUUCCAAAACAGAACCUGCAGAUGCUGGACAUUUAAAAGAAAAUAUCUGGAGCACUCCACAGGUCAGACAGCAUCUGUGGCGAGAGAGAGAGUUAAUGUUUCAGGACCUGAAACAUUAAGUCCGCUUCUCUCUCCACCGAUGCUGCCUGACCUGCCGAGUGUUUACCAACAUGUUCUCUCUGCAGCUCCCAUGAGUUGAUGGACCAGGUGAGCGUGAAACCAGUUCGCUGGCGUGGUUAUUGAUUUAAAAUAGCAAACACUUGGUAUUUGCUCCCGGUCUGGGGUUCAACAGCUGUCUCUUCAUCUGCUGGCAAUAGAACCAACUGGGGCGGAUCUAGACGUGGCCGGGGGAUUCCGGGGAGCCCUCUGUUAAUUUUGCCAUAGAACUGCCCCCCAGCUGGGGUCUGGGACGGAUGAGUAUUCAGUGAAACCAGCUGGGUGGCCCUCCCAUUGGGAUAGAUUCGGUGAGAUUGGUGAGGGGGAAGAUGAGACUGUUGGUGUUGUGAAUGGCUGGGGUGACCUCUUCAUUGGGAUUGGGACGAUGGCGGGGGGUGGGGAGCGAGGGUUACGCGGUCAAAAUGCAGUGUGAUGUCACCACGGGACUGACCAAAUGCAUCGGCUUGACUCCAGAGGUUCAAGUAUGGUGAGCUUGAUGCUGAGAAUUGGGGCUUUGCUUAGAGUUGGGAUUCCCCUGCUAUUGUGCAGGGAGUGUUGGGGAAAGUCCUGGAGGGGAGAUGUACUGGAGGAGCCAGGGUUGGGAGAACUGGGACAAACACUUCGUUUUGUAUUAACCUUUAAUGUCUUCCCCGUUGACCUGACCUUGCGCAGUAAUGACUAUUCCUGUGGGAGUUGCAGGCCGCCACCACCGCUGCCUCUCUGCCCCCAGGAUGUUUUUUUUUCCCUCCAAUCCCUCACUUUCAGUUGGUUCCUUCCUCCACACUCAAGGGGGAAAGGAGCUGGCUUGCAUCCUCUGGUUGGGGAAAUGUCUGGUGGGGGAGGAACGUAAUGUAAAAAUGGGGCAAAUUAAGUGUGUGUGGUGGGGUGUUGAUGACAAUCCCACCCCUCCCCUCUCAUUAUCGUCCAGCUGGAGGAAGUCUCAGUGGUGAUCUCGAUGUACCCGGUGGUAGGUCCAAGCACCCGCGCUUCUGCAGCGUGGGAACGAAAUUGGGGCGAGGGGUGUGACGCUAGUGAGUGUGUUGUCUGAACGACGAGGCGUAACCUUCGUUGUUUGGAACGCCAGCACCGCUUGUGGAUAUAAUCGAUCAAUUGAUUUUUUUGUUAUUCCCAGGGAGAGAGGAAUUUGGAUUUUCUGAGGAUGGUAGCAGUGUCGCUGCGUGUGUGUGUGCUGGCUCCCUUGCGUACGUUGAGGCGAGGUUGCCACAAGGGAUUGAAAGGGGAGGGGGCGGUGCAUAUUGGAAGGACACUGCGCUUGAUUGUGUUAUUGGCGCGGGGGGUACACGGUAUCUGGGGUCCCCUCUCCACAAUAUCUGGGGAUAUUGGGGAUGGGUUGCAAUGGGUUCCAUGUUGGACUGGCCCAGACUCUAGAAAUUACCCUAUUGAGGGUGUCUCCUGUAAAAUGACCAUUACCAGGAGAACUGUGGAGGGAAUAAGGUUAGUCUGUGAGAGUGUUAGACGAAAAUAAACUCACGUCCGACCCACUUCUGAAUCCCAUCCGCCCAAGGAAAAAUCACCUCUGAACGGAUGAUUUUCCCCUCCCCUCAUUCCCUGAUUUUUUUGUUUUGUAAUGACUUGUUUUUGUAAGGACGAUUAACAAUCGGGAAAUGUCUGUUGAUUAUAUUUGCUGUUCUUGCGGUUUUUUAAAAAAAAAUCUUUGCAUUAACAUAGGCAGCACUCGGCACUUGUGUCGCGCUUUGGAAAUUCGGAAUAAAUAAAUGUCACGUUCCUAAA